CCACGUAACCCCUUCCACGCAUCAUUCAUAGACGUCCAAUUGAUCUUGUGUCCUUAACAUAAAAAAUUGAUAAGUGGGGGUCCCAUAUGUCUCUGUCCCAACAUAAAAUCAUUGUGUAUGUCAUAUCUUCUGUAUGGUAUCUGCUCGAGCCCUUCUGGAUCACGAUUUUCCCCCCUCUUUUAAAAGAAUACAUCCAAAUAACGUGUCAUUCCCGCUGUUCUUUCAAGCGAGCUAAUGAAAUCGUGGUGCACGGAUUAAUAAUGCACUAACCAGAAUAAAAUCGACAAACAGGGGGUCUCAUGUUUUCAAGUGUAUGAUCUGGAGCCACUAAACAGAUACUUAACAGUUGCUGACAGUAAAAGAUUGUGCAGACUUAAAAUAAAAUGCUUAUAUUACUUCAGAGAGUUCUUUAGAAACAUACAAAAGUAAAGAUUGAUUUCACAUAUCAGAACUCAUCAUGAAAAAUCUUAAUGGAGCUAAAAGGAAAUGAAUUUAACAAUUCAGAGAAAAUAGACAAGGCAGAUCCUGUGACUGCUGUAGAAUCUGGUGGAUACUCUCCCUUCCCAAAGUCUAACAUCAUGGAUCGAGAAAGAGAUAGGAGAACUAUCCUCACAACUCAUUUGAAUAUUUUCCUUUAUUCAUCUUGCUUUUGGAUCCAGACUGGAACACUUCCUUACUUGACCAAGAGGCUCGGUGCAGAUCCAGUGAUGUUUGGAUAUCUACAGACAACAUUUGCACUUGUGCAGCUUGGUGGUGGUCCUUUGUUUGGUCGUUUUGGAGACAUUUUUGGUGGCCGAGCAGCAAUGGCACUUGCAUUUGCAGCAGUUUUGUCAUACUUCCUGCUAGGGCUGUCAAACUCUAUUCCUGUGCUUUUCCUUUCUCGCCUUCCAUCAGUCUUCAUGCAUGCUAUGCAAGGCGGUCAGAUGAUUGUUACCGAUAUUGGAGACAGCAGCCAGAGAGCAGAUGCACUGGGCAAACUUGGAAUGUCCUAUGGUGUUGGCAUGGUUGUUGGUCCAUUUAUAGGAGGACUUGUCACAAAGCACUUCGGUGAGGAGUUUGCAGCAUUUUUGGCGGCGGCUGGCUCUGCUAUAAGCGUUUUCCUGGUUUUGCAAUUUGUACCUCAUCAGACCAAAAAUCUUUCAGCAUCCUCUAACAAAGUGGCGGAGGGAAAAUCUUCUGGCAGCCUUUUUAGUUUGGGAAAAUGGUAUGCUCUAAUAAUGGCUCCUGGAGCUUUAUUUUUACUAUUUAUCCGCUUGGCAUCAGGUGUCCCAAUUGGGAUAUUUCAAAGCAUGUUUCAAGUAGUAGCCAUGGAAAGAUUUUCUUUGGAGCCAGACCAGAAUGGCUACCUCAUGUCCUACAUUGGUGUCACUACCAUGAUUGUGCAAGGUGUUGGUGUUGGAAUUGUGACGAAGCAGUUCACUGAAAGUAGCACCCUUCUAGCCUCAUCAUUUCUCCUUCUCUGGGCAUACCUGUUACUGGCUCAGGUAACAUCAGUUGUACAACUGUGCAUAGUGUGUUUACCACUGGUAGUAGGAUUGACAACACAAAAUGUCGUCAUCACCAGUGCCCUAACACAUACCGUUGGCCUAGAGGAUACAGGGUGCAUGCUGGGUCUCAACAUGGCAGUCAACUCAUUAGUGCGAUCAGUUUCUCCUUUUGUUGGAGGAUACAUGCUGAGAGAAUAUGGUUUCUCAUCGUUUGGAUACUUAGGUGCUAUUACAAGUGCCAUGGUAACGGUUGUCUUGUACAGUCACCAUAGAAGACAAACCAACCAUCAAUGAAGCCACCGAGCAGCAAUAUUUUCCAUUUUCUUUGAUCAGAAUGAAAAUGGAAGAUAACAUAUCUAUUAGAAGAUUUUUGGAUUUUCCUUUAUGCUAAAUGUGUUUCUUUUGAAAUGUGUUUUUUUUCCUUUUAACCAGAAGAUAAAAAGUGUAGUUGCUCAAAAAUGUCACAGGUAUUUGUUGAAAAGCCUUUGUUAAUGUGCUAUAGGUGUAUAAUUAAAUUUGAAUCUUAUCUUUCCUUGAAAGCGAAUUUUAUGGCUAAGAGACUGGAUAAAGUGUGCUAUAAAUAUUGUCUUUUUGCAUAUAUCUUUGAUGUGUCCUAUUUACACAAACACAAGCACGCAUUGUACACAUGCAUACACACAUUGUACACACCACUAUCUGCGAUCUUUUUAGUCUUCAAAAAGAACAAGUUAAAAUGAAUAGAUUUUAUGAAUUAUUGGAAUGGUUUGGGUUACAAAAGGCUGAAAGGCUGAUUUAAUGUAAGAAAGUCACUAUUUUUUGUUGCCACAAUUUAGAAUGUACACAUGAAUAUUUAUAUUAGCCCAUGCAUAAAUGCUUCAUAAUUUUGAUGUUUUAAUAAUUUAUGUGUUCAUGAACACAUUAUAUGUAAGUAGUAGUUCAUAUGAACAUUGUAUGGCUGUUUUUGAAAGCAUUUUUUUUUUCACAUUUACUUGCCUCAAACAAGCUAUAGUUUGUAUUGAAAUAAAUCUGAAUUUCAAACAUCUAUAAAAAGAUUCACAUGUGCCUGUAUUAAUAUGAUUUGCUGCCUUAAAAUGGGAGAUAAUCAGAACUGACAGACAUGAAGACAGAAACAGCUCAAAUUCUUGCCACUUUAAAUUUUCUUCACUACUGUGGUUAACACUCUCUCAUGAUGAGGCAUCUUUCAUUUGUUAUUGGGUGUAAAUAAAUAAAGAAAAUAUUGCAGUUUUU